AUGCCUGACCUCCGAACGCUUAACAAGCAGGAGCACCAGCUGCGGAAAUCGCUGGAAGGAAUCCAGCAGUUUAUCAGUGGUUUCCAAACGAAGCGAGAUGCGGGACAAGUGAGCGUUAGACUGGAAGCGUUGGACAAACUUUUCAAUCAGUUCCUCGAGAUCCGAAUGCAAAUCGAGCUGCUUUUGGAGGAUGCGAUUGAGGAUGGCGAUGGCGACGAAGAAGCGCUCGUUGAGCAGAAUGACAAGGUGCGGCAGGAUUUCGAAAACGUGUACUACGCGCUGAAGUCAGAACUGCAGACCUUCCUAUCGAUUGGAUCCAGCGCGCUGAAGAACUCCACGCUUCAAGCACCGGAUGCGCAAUCAGGAACCCAGUUUGCGAAGGUGAAACUUCCCGAGAUAAGGCUGCCGUCGUUCACCGGAAAGAUCCACGAAUGGGUGCCGUAUCGUGACAGCUUCCGGAGUCUCAUACAUGAUAGUACUCUCCUCACGGAAGUGGACAAGUUCACCUAUUUGAGGUCUUCGUUGUCCGGUGAUGCGCUGCAGGAAAUAAACUGCAUUGAUUUGUCUGCAGCCAACUACGCGGUGGCCUGGAAGGCGUUGGAGAGCCGAUACGAAAACAAGAAGUUGAUCGUCAAGGCGCACCUCGAUGCACUUUUCGCCGUGGAGGCACUCAAGAAGGAAAGCUAUGAGGAGCUCAACCGGUUGAUCAGCGCGUUCGAGAAGAACCUGCAGAUGCUGGAGAAGAUCGGCGAAAAACCUUCGGAUUGGAGCACGAUUCUUGCCUAUAUGGUUAGUUCCAGAUUGGACAUGGCUACCCUACGCCACUGGGAAACCCACCAUAACAGCAAGAAAGUUGCACAGUAUCCCGCUGUGAUGGACUUUCUGAAGAGUCACUGCUCCGUUCUACAGUCGAUCGCUCCAUCAAGGCCUACGGUUCCCAUUCAGCAACGACAAUCUCGUCCAGCGGUGUGCAACACAUCUUUCAAGUCCGCUCUGAAGUGUCAUUUCUGCUGCGAGCCACGACACUCUGUAUUCCAGUGCGCAAGAUUCCAGCGGAUGAGCGUGCCGGAGAGGAUUGAGGCUGCAAACAGGAACAAGCUCUGCCGGAAUUGUUUGUAUCCUGGACAUUGGGCCAGAACCUGCGAGAAGGGAACGUGUCAUCAGUGCCAUCAGAAGCAUCACACACUGCUGCACUCUGACGCACCCAGAUCCUCCGUUCCACCCACGCAGUCAAGACCGUCGACAGUCAAUCCACAACCUAGACAGCCACAAUCCAAGCCGCCAACACCGAACCAACAGACACGGACUGCUAACACUGCAAACACACCAGACUCACACACUCAACCAGCCACAGAACACGCCACCACAAGCCAAACACAUGUAGCUCUCCCAAUUACACCGACACAAACCAUCAUUCUCUCGACCGCACUAGUCAGCAUUCAAGACCGCUACGGCAACCCCGUGGUAGCACGAGCUCUACUCGACUCGUGUUCGCAGCAUUGUCUCAUGACAAGAGGUUUCGCUAGCAAGCUAAAGCUAGACGAAACGCCAGUCUACCUGUCGAUUCAAGGCAUUGGAUCGUCGCAAGCAGUGUCGACAAAGCUGAUUACCGCUGUAGUAGGUCCAAGGUCGCCGAACAUAUCGUCGUUCGUCGAAGAAAUGUCAUUUCACGUCUUGCCGAAGUUGACUGUGUCACUGCCGACAGCAAGCUUCUGCAUCGCAACGUGGAAUCUUCCGAAUCCCUCGCUGCUAGCGGAUCCCAAGUUCUUUGAGAUGGGACCGAUAGACAUCAUCAUCGGAGCAGAAUACUACAUGGAGCUGCUCAAAAACGAACGGCGGAGGGCAACAGACGACGGCCCGACUCUACAAGACACCGUGUUCGGAUGGAUUGUUUCCGGUCCUGUUCCCGAGGGUCCGACUGCUGCAACGUACUCCCUAACCCACGUUUGUUCGACGGCGGAGAUCCAGGAUCAACUUUCCCGGUUCUGGGAAGUAGAGACUUGCCAGUCAACCAGCACGCUGUCAGUCGAAGAAUCGGCCUGCGAGGAGUUUUUCGACAAAACGACAUUUCGGGACGAAGAAGGGAGAUACGUAGUCACUCUGCCGAAGAAGGAGCGGAUGAUCCAGCAGCUAGGCGACUCCAGAUCUACAGCAAUCAAGCGCUUUUUGGGAGUAGAACGGCGGCUCGCGAUGAAUCCAGAACUGAAGAAGCAGUACGCGGAGUUCAUGCGCGAAUAUCUGGACAUGGGCCACAUGAAGGAGGUUUCCGAGGAUGAUGCGAGCGCGUUGUCGUAUUACUUGCCUCAUCACGCUGUUCUGAAGCCAGACAGCACGACUACGAAGCUGCGUGUCGUUUUCGAUGCCUCCUGCAAGACUUCCAGUGGGAUUUCGCUGAACGAUGCUCUAAUGGUGGGACCCGUUGUGCAGGACAUGAUCGUGGACAUCACACUCCGGUUCCGUACGCACCGAUUCGCCCUCGUAGGAGACGUAGCUGAAAUGUACCGCAUGGUGCUGAUGAAUGCAGUCGAUCAGCAGCUGCAAAGGAUCGUUUGGAGAGACAGCGCUUCAGAGCCGAUCCGUACUUUCGCUCUCACGACAGUCACCUACGGUACAGCGUCCGCUCCAUACCUCGCAACGAAGUGUCUGCAGCGCCUGGCAGAUGAAGGGGAAAGGUCGCAUCCUGCAGCGGCAAAGGUCCUUAGAAAGGACUUCUACGUCGAUGAUAUGCUGUCCGGCGUAGACGACAUCGAAGAAGGGAAGACACUAGUUGGUCAGAUGGUAGAACUCCUGCAGUCUGCCGGAUUCUCCUUGCGAAAGUGGAAUUCUAACAGCAAAGAGUUGCUGUCAGCGGUGCCGGAGGGUUUGAGAGAUGAGCGCUCGAUUCUGGAGCAAGAUUCGUCUACCGCCGCCGUGAAAACGUUAGGCUUGACAUGGGAGCCUAGCACGGACUGCUUUCGAUUCAGUUCGCCAGCUUGGAAUGAGGCCGCGGAGAUUACGAAGCGUUGCGUCUUGUCUGAUGCGUCUCGACUGUUUGACCCGUUAGGACUGGUAGGUCCGGUAAUCAUCCAGGCGAAGAUCUUCCUUCAAGAUCUCUGGAAGCACGAUUGCGAGUGGGAUGAACCGCUUAGCUCGCAGCUUCAAGAGCAGUGGCGUGAGUACAGGCGAAAUCUAGCAGGCCUAGACGGGAUUGCAGUUCCCCGAUGGGUUGGAACGAGCCGUAGCACCGAAACGGUUGAGCUGCACGGAUUCUGCGACGCGUCGAACAAGGCAUACGGCGCAUGCGUGUACGUGCGUACCGUGACAGCAGAUGGGAACGUGUCAGUUCACCUGCUGACCUCCAAAUCUCGGGUGGCUCCGCUCGAGAAUUUGAAGAAAAAUAAGAAGUCGCUGUCAACACCCCGCCUAGAGUUGUCCUCGGCACUUCUCCUUGCCCACCUAUACGAGAAAGUCGCUAGAAACAUCAACGUCGUCACCAAGUGCCACUUCUGGACAGACUCGACGAUCGUCGUCUGCUGGCUUUCAUCGUCACCUGCGAGAUGGAAGCAGUUUGUGGCAAAUCGUGUCUCCGAAAUCCAGCACAUUACGAAGGGAAGUGUUUGGAAGCACGUCGCCGGUGAGGAUAACCCGGCGGACAUUAUUUCACGAGGAAUGAGUCCAGCACAGCUUCAAUACGAGUCUCGAUGGUUUCACGGACCGAAAUGGUUGAUGUUGGACAACCAGUACUGGCCCACUUCGGCACAGAUCGACGAGGGCAGUCUCGACCAGGCAGAAUUAGAGGAGAAAGCGAUUGUCGCGGCCCUCCCCGCUGUUUCCCCUAGUGAGAUCUUCGGACUUCGUUCGUCGCUGGUGGAUCUAGUUCGGCUGACCGUUCACAUUCGACGGUUCAAGUGGAAUUCGUCGCCGGCAAAUCGGUCCUGUCGGAAAGUAGGCUGCAUCACGUCCCAGGAGUACGACGACGCAGUCAAGGAGCUGGUGAAGCUAUCGCAGCGGGAAAGCUUUCCACAGGAAUUCGCAGACAUAGCUCGACACGGACAGGUGCAGGAUUCCUCUAGAAUAUCGAACCUUAAUCCCCAAUUAGUUGAAGGCGUAUUGUGCGUUGGCGGCCGGCUGAAGAACGCGGAUGUUCCGGAUGGCAGGAAGCAUCCGUACAUACUCGACCAUCGGCAUCCCUUCACGAAAAUCGUCGUUGUCUAUUACCACCGCAAAUACUUCCACGCUGGUCAACAGCAGAUCGUCACGGCAGUCCGAGAGCGAUUCUGGCCAACGAGCGCCAGGAAUCUCGCAAGGCAGGUUGUCCAUGAAUGCGUGCAGUGCUUUCGUGCGAAACCAAAAAUCCAGGAGCAACUGAUGGCCGAUCUACCCCCCGAGCGAGUACGGCCUUGUUUCCCGUUCCAGAAAGUCGGCAUCGAUUACUGCGGUCCGUUCCACGUGGUGUACCCGCAGCGUCGAGCCCGACCGAUCAAAUGCUUCGUAGCAGUGUACGUGUGCCUAGUUACCAAAGCUGUACAUUUGGAGCUGGCGGCUGAUCUGUCGACGCAGGCAUUCCUCGCAACGUUGCAUCGUUUCACUGCGCGUCGUGGCAAACCAUCGCUGAUAAUGUGCGACAACGGGACGAACUUCGUCGGCGCUCGACGAAAGCUGGAUGAGCUAGCCCAGCUGUUCGCAAGUCAGCAGUUCACGGAUGCAGUGCUACGACAGACGAUAGAGGACAGGAUCGAGUUCCGGUUCAUUCCAGCCCGCUCACCGAACUUCGGAGGACUGUGGGAAUCAGCGGUGAAGUCGUUCAAAACCCUGUUCAAGCGAACGAUUGGCACCCGCAGCCUGGAAUACGACAGGAUGCAAACGGUGCUGGCGCAGACAGAGGCAAUCCCGAAUUCAAGACCGCUGACCCCGAUCAGCAACGAUCCGGACGACUUUGAGGCCCUCACCCCUGGACACUUCUUGAUCCAGCGGCCGCUGACGGCCAUUCCGGGACCCGAGCUUGGUGGAGUUCCGGAGAACAGACUUUCGGCUUGGGAAAGAAUUACGGAGUUCACCCAGAGGUUGUGGAAGAAAUGGUCGGAGCAGUAUUUGUCCAACCUCCACAAUCGGACGAAAUGGACGAGGCAGAGAGACAACAUAGCUGUUGGCACUAUGGUUGUUUUGAAAGAGGAGAAUUUGCCACCCUUGAAGUGGCAGUUGGCACGGGUGACCGAGGUUCACCCUGGGUCUGACGGGAACAUCAGAGUUGUUACCGUGCGGACCAAAGAUGGCAGUUACCAGCGACCGAUCUCCAAGAUCUGCGUGCUGCCAAUCCGAGACAACUUUCCAUCUGGUGACGGGGAGAACUAG